AUGCCUCCCUCCACGACAGCAGCGCCCCAAAAGCCUGCUCCUCCAUCAUCCCCCAUCAAAACCGCCUACCUCAUCGCCUACAAUGCCCUCUCCGCCAUCGCAUGGGCCCUCGUCCUCCAGUCCACCGUCCUGACGCUCUUCGAGUCCGGCCCCGAAAUCGUCUACCUCACCACCGGCGAAUUCACAAAAUGGACACAAACCGCCGCCGCCAUGGAAAUCAUCCACUCCCUCUUAGGCAUCGUCCGCGCCCCCCUCCUCACAACCCUCAUGCAAGUCUCCUCCCGCUUCCUCCUCGUCUGGGGCGUCGUCCACCUCUACCCCUACCUCGCCAUCGAAGCCCCGACAUACUCCUCCAUGCUCAUCGCCUGGUCCGUCACCGAGGUCAUCCGCUACUCCUACUUUGCCCUCUCCCUCUCCGGCUUCACCCCGCGGCCCCUCACCUGGCUGCGCUACAACACCUUCUUCGUCCUCUACCCCAUUGGCAUCCUCAGCGAGUGCUCCCUCGUCUUCCUCGCCGCCGUCGGGCCCGCGGCCGCCGAGAAGGAGUACCCGCUUGCUUUGGCGCCGUAUGCGCUGUAUGCCAUUUUGAUCAUCUAUGUCCCGGGCGCUUACAUUCUCUACACGCACAUGAUGGCCCAGCGAAGAAAGGUUAUGCGAAGCUUAAAGGCAAAGGACGAGAAGGCGACGCAAUAG